AUGGAUGACCAUCAAGCUGAGCUUGUCGAGAGAUACCAGACAUCAAAACUCAAAAACGUUUCCGGAACUGGACCUGACAGUGAAGAUGAAGACAAUUUGCUGGACCUUUUACAAGAGCUCGAAGACGAAGAUGAUUCGAUGAUGCAUUAUCGUGAACAACGACUCGAACAGCUUAAGAAGGAAUUUAACAAAGUGGAUCGUGCAGCAGAAAACAAAGGAGAGGAUUUUGGCUUGGUGAAGUUUAUUGAUGACGAAAAAUCUCUCAUGGACACCGUGACUCAAGGAGGAGUUGUUGUUGUGCAUUUUUAUCAACCUUCGUUUCCCAAAUGCAAGCUCAUGAAUGAAACGUUGGCUAUACUAGCAGAGAAGCAUGUAUCCAUAAACGUUAUAGCUAUCACAGCAGAGAAUGCACCCUUCUUGGUUGCGAAGUUAAAAAUCAAGGUUCUCCCGUUUGUGUUAGUGUAUAAGAACAGCCAGGAGCUCACUCGAUUCGUUGGAUUUGAAGGUCUCGGGCAGGAUCCGAACCGAAUCUCCUGGCAGUUGUUCGAAAAUAAACUAUUACAAUGUGGUGCAAUCAACAGGAAGACCAUCAUUAGUUCCCGUUCAAAUGCCAAAAGCUCAACAAACGACUCAAUUGACGACGACUCUGGGGACGAUUGGUAUUAG